UGUAGGACCUGCAGUGUGACGUCAACAAACCGCGACGGCAAGACCCGUGCUGUGGGAGCUCGUAAACAACUGAGAGAAUUAUUACUUAUCGUUUAUUUCUAUUUUUUAUCUUUAAUCUGAGCCAUGCCUAAGGUAAAAAGGAGCAGAAAGCCACCACCAGACGGUUGGGAGCUGAUCGAACCCACUUUGGAUGAAUUAGAUCAGAAAAUGCGGGAAGCUGAAACCGAACCACAUGAGGGGAAACGCAAGGUCGAGUCCCUUUGGCCGAUAUUCAGACUUCAUCACCAGCGGAGCCGCUACAUCUUCGACCUAUUUUACAAAAGGAAAGCCAUCAGCAGAGAGCUCUAUGAUUACUGUAUAAAAGAAGGUUAUGCUGACAAGAACCUUAUUGCAAAGUGGAAGAAACAGGGUUAUGAAAAUCUCUGCUGUCUUCGGUGCAUUCAGACACGAGACACCAACUUUGGAACCAACUGCAUAUGCAGAGUGCCUAAAAGCAAGCUGGAAGUGGGUCGUAUUAUCGAGUGCACUCACUGUGGAUGCAGAGGCUGUUCCGGGUGAUCUAGAUCAAGAUUUCUACUGUGUGGACUCCUUAUAUCUUAACAUGUAUGCUUUGAAAUUGUGCUUGUGAAUAUUAUUUCAUUCCAGAUUUGUUUUUCGUCUUUUCUUUAUUAUAUGAGAAUUCAGUUUCCAUUAAACUUUAUGCCAUCUUAAAUAC